AUGAAGGCCGUACAGAACACAAUUCCGGACCGGAAGUACCGCUGGCGCUACUCAAAAGCCCAGCUGACCGCCGCCUUCCCGAAGGAGAUGAAGCAUGGCCCCAAGCGUUCAAAGGAGAAUGUCCGCGCCUUUACGGCAGUGACAGACGGGCAACUCCAAUGUGCCAGGUCUUACGGAAUCAAGCUGAUCCUGGAGUGCAAGAAGGAUAAACGUGAGAAAUGUGGGCUGCAGGUGGACAUGCAGGAAGCGGCGCAAAUAGUCGCAUGGGUAAAAGAAUACCCAUCGACUGAGAGGCAACGAGUCCUCAUCUCUCAUAACGGCCCUCAGAUAUAUGUGACAUUCGCUAAAUAUGACGAUGCAUGGGUUGACUACUUGGAGGGCAAGGACGUCAAAGGAAACGAUAAAUCCCUUUUGACAAUGUCCCGAGUUGGCCCUUUUACCAUUGAUAAUGUUGAUGAAAUGAGGGCUGUGGUGACAAUAUUGGUUGCCCUCCACCUGUAA